CUCUGGCUCUCCGGCAAGGAGCUCUCCGGUCACAUCACAGGCACAGGUCGAGGUCGUUUCCGGUUUAGUUUUGCUGUAGUAGAUAGUAGACAACACCACCACCAAAUUGUUCAACCAACAGAUCACGUCAACGAUAUCUGGCAUUCUUGUCCAAUAAUUAUUUGCUCCCACAGAAUGGACUACACAGCAGAUAGCUUAGGUGUGGACAACUUAGAAAACUCUCUUAAGAUCUUGAUAGCAGCAGCCCCUGAGAGUGAGAGAGAGGGCAUGUCCAGUGGGGCUGGGAGCAGCUCAAGUCUAAGCAAGUCAAGUUACGACAGAUUGCAGUCAUCAGGCACCUCUGUUCAAACUGUUGGAGGCGUGUCAGACACCAUGAGCUCGUAUAACCAUUUUAACAAGGGUCAGCAGGAUACCUCGAGCCCACAAUUAGAAAAUGCCCCCAGUUUGACAGCCCGGGAACAGUUGCAAACGUUUGAUGGCCCCUCUCUUGACUCUCCCACUGCUUCAGGAGUGAGACAAGCUAGUGGCCAACAGUCUGUGAAUGCUUUUGAUUUUAGUGCAGGAAAAAACUCCCAAAGCAUUUCUGAAGUUGGGUCAGAUCAGUAUAGUGCACUCUCUUGUGACAAAACUGAUGACUGUAAAUCUAAUUUUAUUUUUGAAAUAGAUGUGGCUGAUUCUGAAAGGACUGGACAAGUAAUGAGUAGUGUGAACACUUCUAAUCAAGGUGAACGCCGUGAGGUUCAACUUUUUGAAAGUCGGCCAAUUAACCUAAUAUCUACAAAUUCAUCGAAUGAGACUCGGCAACAGUGUGGUGAUAAUGAUUGUUUGUCCUCUGAGGUUUGGAUGCUCAAGGCAGGGCUGUCAACCAAAGAUAACAGGGCGAAUGAGAAUAUAGGUCACAAUCCUGUGUCCGUGGUAUUCCUUCCUGACAAUCCUGAUUCAAUAGGCAAUUCUAUCGUGUCACAAAAUUUGACAUGUAGUGUGAACCCAAGUGUUCAGCUGAAACAAGUGCUUAUGGAAAAUCUGUCUAGUUUAAGCACUUCUUUAAAAUGCAAAACAGAAGCAGGAGCAGAAGAUUCAGCGAUUUGCUCUGAAAGGGUGAAACGUGAGUUUGACGAGAUGGAUGUUGAGAAGGAAGAUUUGCCGGCUCUUGAUGCUUUGUCUGAGUCUGAACGCCCACCUAGCAUAGCACACAGUGAUGGGUUAAAUAAUUUUGUUGGGUGCGGUAUUACUUUGAGAACAAGACGGAAACCGACCUGGAAGAUGAAGGAGUUAAGAAUAGAGGAUUGUGUAGAAGAUACAGUGGAUCCUUUAACAACAGGAAAAGGUAGUUUUCCAUGUGACAUUUGUGAUAGAAAAUUUCGUAGUUUGGAAACGCUUGAAAAGCACAGGGCUUCUCAUAGCAACGCCGGUCCAUCCUCAACAGAGAAAGUUGUUCCUGUGCAGUACACAUGUAUUUUAUGCAACUCACACUUCCUGUCUAAAGGCAAGCUGACCAAACACAUCGAAGCUCAUCUUGAACAGAGGCCGUAUCCGUGCCCAGAAUGUGCUGAACGUUUUCGCUUUCCAGAAGAUGUAAAAAAGCACCUAGACACUCACGUGAGUGUAGGUACUUUUUCAUGCUCAAAGUGCCCGUACACGGCUCCGAGACAGAGACUCCUGAACAGGCAUCUUCGAAGUCAUUCAGAGAUAAGGCCUCACAAGUGUCAGCAGUGUGGUUUUACCUCCAAGAGAAAACACACACUCAUGCGGCACAUGGAAACGGUCCACACCCCUGAGAGUAUUUACAAAUGCACGGCAUGUAACUAUAAGUUCAGUUCCUUGGACAGUUUCAAAGUUCAUGUGGCGAUGCAUGCUGCCUCGAAAUCUGUAGCCUGUUUGAUUUGUGGUGCCGUCAAUUCCAGGCGGCCAAACCUCAUUGAGCAUUUAAUGUCUCAUUCAUGUGAUGGAGAGGUUUCUUGUCAUGUUUGCAAGGAGACUUUUACAGCCACUCAUACAUACUUGUUACAUCUGUUGAAUCAUAAAGAGAAUGGUCCAGCUCGGAAACCCAAGGCAAAAGGUACAAAACGCUCUGAAUUUGAUCUGGAUAUAGUCACCAGUGAGCAGGAAAAUGAUCCUGAUAUAACGUCUGCUGUAUAUAGUAAUUCAAGAGUUAGCCACCAUAUCCCUCGGAAUUUGAUCAUGGAUAAAGAACAAAUUGAAGCCAAUGUCGCCAAAGUAUUUAACCUUACUGAAAAAGUGAUGGCUUUAACUAAACAUAUUUCAUUUUCAGAUGCAGAGGAGAAAACUGCAUCUCAGUUGUCAGACAUUUCUGAGUUGUCAACACGGAUGUCUAUCAUCUCAAGGAGAAUGGUGCAUUCUUUCAAAUGUAUCAAUGGCCUCUCCAGGAAAAAUGUAGUUCCCUCGUCUGUUUCUGAUCACAGCAAUAAUGAAAACGGGCAAGGUACUACAUCUGAGAAUGGGCAAGAUACUUCGUAUGAGAAUGGGCAAGGUACUUCGUAUGAAGGAGAUGACGUAGAGUCUGCUGCUGAAGAAAAUUCACUUGAAGCGCAGCUUGAUAAUACAGAAAAAAGCCAGGGCGUUGUAAAGAAAGAAAAUGCAGAUAGCAGUAUUGGAGGAGCAGCUCCCUCUGACCAUGACCUCAAUGGACACUCUGAGGAUUUUGUUGUUAGUGAGAAGACUGACUGCCCAGAGGUUUCAUUUGGCCCUGAGAAAAAACCUCUGAAGUGUCCUCGGUGCGAUCUCUUAUUAAAAGACACUCGUAGUUUGAAGCGACAUUUACUAACUCAUGACGACGUACGGCGGUACGGCUGUAAAAAGUGUGGCAAAACAUUCAGAAGGGGUGAGCACCUGAAAAAACAUAUGGUCACCCACUCUGAUGACCGGCCAUUUGUCUGCCCUGAUUGCCCUUACGCUGCAAAGACUAAAAACAGACUUAAGAUCCACCGACUGUCCCACUCUGCUGUCAGAGCCUUCCCGUGUACCGUUUGUUCUUACACGGGCCGCACCCGUUACGAACUUAAUCACCACAUGAAGCGCCAUGAGAGACGGGAGUGUGGGCAGUGUGGCUUCACUUGCUUUUCACGAGUAGAACUGAAACGUCAUGUGUUCACACACUCGCAGUUCGAUUGCAAUGAGUGUGACUUCACCACCAAGGACCGAAACGAGUUCUCCAAGCACAUGAGAAAGCACCACACUGUGGAGCUCUUGUGUUGUGAGCUGUGUGGCUACUCCUGCGACACCAUGAAGAAGUUCAAGUACCACAAACUUCGUCAUGAAAACAAGACCCCACUCCAGUGCCCGGACUGCGACUACAAGUGCAGCUCACGUGCCAGCUUCGACUGCCACCGUUUGAAGCACGCAGGCCUUAAACCUUACCUCUGCUCCUUCUGUGGCUCCUCAUUCCGCAAGAGCUCCCAUCUCAAUCAGCACAUGCUGAUCCACAAAGACGAGAAGGCGUACAAAUGUUCCCAGUGCGGGUACGCGUGUCGCACCAAGCACAACCUCAAGGAGCAUGAGAUGACGCACAGUGGGGAGAAGCCGUUUGCCUGCAAGUAUUGCAACUUCUCGUGUCGCCGGAACAAGGCCUUGCAGCUGCAUAUGGAGAAACACGAGAGGAGUAUGCUGGUUACUUUACAGUAGAGGGAGGUCUGUUGUCAACACGUGUAAUGGCUCAAAUGUUUUUGUAGUGUCAUGUCAUGGAGGAAAAGAAAGCUAAUCAUGUACAGUCAAAAUUGUCAAAGAUAAGCCACCCUUUGUCGAGGAGAAAAGUGGACAUUUUAGACAGGUAGCCAUCUCAGGCAGGACUGAUCAAAAUUAAGAAAACAGACCAUUCCCUUCUGAGGUCCCAUCUGGAGGUGGUUGGAGUUUUAGAACUUCUGCCGCAAGGCCCAUUGAAAUGUUACGGACUGGUCCCCUUGGAUAAACAGUUAGGGACCAGAAAACUGGCCUUCCUAACAUCCUGGUUAGCAAUGGUUUAUUCAUUGUACAAACAACAAUAACGACAGGUGAACGGAUUGUGAUGGCUUGUCCGCAACGCCAGGGGCCAGUAAAUAAUGAUUCGUGCUAACACUUCAGGCUAUGAGAGUUUCGUGUGGCCAUCUUGGAUGUGUUUUUAGGGCUGUUGAUAGUUAAAACGUAGUGAAAUUGGACAGGCUAUCAUUUUAAGCAAUGCCAUUGUAUAGUAAAAAUGCAAGGGGAGAAAUAAAGAGCAGCUGUUUGUACUAGCGGUUGUCUUGUACGUGUGACAGUCUAGGCAGGUUCAACUGUAAUUGAUAUACACAGACUAAUGCUGCAGAUAUUUUGCAUGAGUGGUAGUGAUAUUUUCAUGUGUGGUGAAUGAGGGCAAUGCCAUCGUGCACGUGAGGGUGAUUACUGUACCAAUUUGUUUGAUGAGCGAAAGUGAUACCAAUUUGUUUGAUGAGCGAAGGGGAUGCCAAUUUUAUGUGAUCAAUGAGGAUGAUGUGUACUGAUUUUGUUAAUAAGGGCGAUGCUUACUACUGUGACAUAAGGAGUGCUUACUUUUUGAAUGAUUGAAGGAAAAUACUGACUAAAGAUGUACUUGUGACAGUAUAAUGAAUAAAGGUGAUACUUACAUCUGUGAUGAAUGAGUAUUACUUUUUGAAUGGUACACGGAGGCCUCCAGUGUGAUUAAGGCUAAUCUUGUGCUGUC